AUGGAUCUAGCAGCCGCACAGCAGGAUGCUGCAAACGAGGAGCAAAGGGAAAGAGGAGAAAUGGAAGAAGAUGCUGGGGAAGGAGAAGUAGAACGGGAUCUUGACGAUGAAGUUCCUGAGGCACAAAGCACACCCAGUGCAUCCGAAGUAUCGAGUGACGAAGAAUCAGAGGAGGAAGAGGAGGGAAGUGAAGUCAGUGGCGACGUCCAAGAAGAAAGCACUGUACCCUUCAAUGAGGAUAGUUUCAUAGAAGGCAGCAUGCUCGAAGCAGAAGUGUCUCAUAUGCUGGAGAUGGAAGAGGCGGAAAUGGCAGGCGUGUUGCAAGACGAACGCGAUCUCGAUGACGAUGUUCCUGAAGCUGGGAGCUACGAACACACGGAUUCUGAACUCGAAGAUGAUAGCGAUGUGGAUACCAGCGCUCUUCCACCUGGACUCAGCUCCGUGCGUUCGAGACGCUCAACAAGGCGCCGUUCAAGUGGACGUCGUAAUUCGAGUCGCAGAAGCUCGGGGCUGCCUGGUGGUAUGUUGUUUGGGGGUGGACAUCCUGCGGUUGGAAGGGUCAGUCUCGGGGUCGAUCUGGGAAAUGGAAGGAGUAGCUUUGGUAUGGACGGGAGUAGUUCAUUUCUUGAAGGUAGCUCUUUUCUGCGGAGUUCGCCGGCGGGGAAUGCUGCGGCCAAUAGGGGCAGCUUGAGAGAUAGGUUCUUGGGUGCUGCGAGAGGUGGUGGAGGCAGCAGCAGGAGGGCUUAA